AUGGUCAUCAACUCGCUGAUUCUGCGGGGCCUUGUGUUAGCCAAGGACCUACCACGUCCAUGCCGAACCCUUCUCAUGAACAUGGCCUGCUGCGAUUGUCUCUCGGCAAUUUCCAUGAUAGUCAAUGGUGUUUUGUUAAUUCGGCCAGACAGCACAUCCAUCGGUCAGUGUACCGCGGGUAUGGGAAUUCAGGCCAGUUUAGCGUUCGUGUCCAUUUUCCUCUCCACCUUGUUCCCGGUCAAUGCUUACCUUUCUCAACUGAUACCUUUCCAGUACCGAGGGGUGAUGGGCCCGCUUAAGGUGGCCUUCGUCUCUUUCUUGGUUUGGACCGUGAGUGUUGUUUUGGUAAGCAUCGCCGUCAUGGGUCAGCCGUCAUUGCCUCCAUUCCAAGCCUGCGAUCUACUGUUGGUGUACACUUCUGUGCCUCUGCGCGCUUUCUCGGGCAUCUACCUAAUCUGUAUGGUCAUCAUGAUGAGUGUUUUCUGGAAGCUCUACGCCUUAGCCCGCAGCCACAUCUGUAAGAUUGUAAGCGACACACACGCAGAUCAGAAGUGCGCCAUCAACUUAUCACUUCAAGCUAAGGCCUUGAAGACUGUCAGUCUGAUCGUAGCGUCAUUUGUCAUCAUGUACACCCCGCUCGUCAUCUACCUACUUAUUGUGUCAUUCACGGACCAGGAAGAAUUGCUGACUGUGGGACACUUCCUGCUAAAAUUGUCUCUCCUGACACUGUUCCUGGCUAAAAGUGUGAUUAACCCAGUAGUGUACGCCUGGAAAAUUCCAUUCGUCAGAGAAGUCACUCACAAGUUACUGAGAACUGGCCACAGGACAGUCGUUGAGCAAACCGCCAGCUUCGUCACGGAGAAAACCACACAAGGUGGUCGACACUGA